UGCACCAUGGCUUCACACAAACGUGGAUGAAAACAGAUCAGUAUCUUAUCAGUCGUAUCCAAAGACAAAUACAGAUGUGUGUAGUAGUUUCCACUUCUGUGAAAUCUAAUCUGGAGAGAGUAUUUCCUACAACCUGACGAUAAUAUGAAAUCCCGGUCCAAGAGUUUGGUGAUGGGUGAACAGCAGACUGGGCUGCCGUUAAGACCAGCUUCUCCUAGCCCACAGGAACGAGUGCUCAAGUGCGGUUGGCUGAAGAAGCAGAGGAGCAUCAUGAAGAACUGGCAGCAGCGGUGGUUUGUGCUACGUGGGGACCAGCUCUUUUACUAUAAAGAUGAGGAGGAAACCAAACCUCAGUUUCAAGAUGGCACCCCCUCCCCCACAAAAGGAGCACUUUCGGGCCAAGGAGAGGGACUUCACAUGGCAAAGGGUUUCAUUCCACUACAAGGCAAUCAGGUGAGCGAGCUGGCACCUAAUCUUGAUGAACCAGGAAAACACCUCUUUGAAAUUGCCCCAGGUGGUUCUGGGGACCGGGAAAAGAUGCCUGUCAAUCACGAGGCUUUUCUGCUCAUGGCUAAUUCCCAGAAUGAAAUGGAAGAUUGGGUGAAAGCCAUCCGACGGGUCAUAUGGGCUCCGUUUGGUGGAGGGAUCUUCGGGCAGCGUUUGGAGGACACAGUGCAAUAUGAGAGGAAAUAUGGCCAGCGGCUAGCCCCACUGCUUGUGGAGCAAUGUGUGGAUUUCAUUCGGGAACGAGGCCUCACUGAGGAAGGGCUGUUCCGAAUGCCCGGCCAAGCCAACCUAGUCAAGGACCUUCAGGAUUCCUUUGACUGUGGGGAGAAGCCCCUCUUUGACAGCAACACUGAUGUUCACACUGUGGCCUCCCUCCUGAAGCUUUACCUCCGAGAGCUGCCGGAACCUGUAAUCCCCUUUGCCAAAUAUGAAGACUUCCUCUCUUGUGGACAGCUGCUCUCCAAAGAUGAGGGCGAGGGUACCCAGGAGCUGGUCAAGCAAGUAAAGAAUCUGCCCCCAGCCAACUACAACCUCCUCAAGUACAUAUGCAAGUUCCUCGAUGAAGUUCAGUCUCACUCCAGCAUAAACAAAAUGAGCGUCCAGAACCUUGCCACAGUCUUUGGACCAAAUAUACUGCGACCCAAAAUGGAAGAUCCAGUGACCAUGAUGGAAGGCACCUCACUGGUUCAGCACCUGAUGACUGUUCUGAUAAGCGAGCAGGGGCGGAUCUUUGCUGUUCCACAGGCUGAUGCAUCAGGAAGCCAGCCCGCAGCCUGGCCUGCACACCUGCGUAGCACUGUGGAAUGGAUCUCUGAAGAAGACAGCGAGGAAAGCCGAUCAGAGCACAGUGCCCCCAGCCCUGGUGACCUGCAUCCUGGCAGCGCUGUGGUCUUGAAUGCUGUGCCUGGCUCUCUGACUAAAAUCACCCCUCAGGAGCGCAGCGGCAAAGUGAGCCAGCCAGCUACCAGCCCCAGCAAAAGAGUGCAAACAUUGCCCCCCUGGAAAUACUCCUUUCGCCAGCAGGGGGCACGGUCUGUGAGCCCCAAGCUGGGCAGCUCAUCCUUAGAUAUCCCCAAUCUGUCCUCUGGUGGGAACUGGCUGAUGAAUGGAUUGUACUCUCUCCGAGGGCACCGCCGGACCUCCUCUGGGGAACGGGUAAAAGACUCAGGUUCGUCCCAGAGACUCUCUACCUAUGACAACGUGCCCUCCUCCAGCCUCUCUCUCAGCACACACAGCAUUGCCAGCACCACAUGGUCAACGUCAUCCUGUGAAAUCUCCGUCAUGGACUCUGUCAGCAGCUGCCCAGCCUGUCGGGCCAGCGACACCUCAGCCUUAAGCUCUUUCCGAACUGAGUGGGCUACUCAGGGCUCGCUGUCGCAAAGCGAAGUCAAGACUGUGGAUCUGGACAACAGCCUUCAAAGGCUUGAAGCAUGCAGCAGUAGCAGUGAGCUUAGUGACCCUGCCACUGCUUCCAGAGACUCUGCCAAGUGCUCCAGAGCCCUGCAGAGCUUGGUGGCAGAGCUAAAGACAGAACUGAGCAAACAGAGGACUGAGUACGAGUCUAGUAUGAAAAGAAUUGAAGAAAAAAGUGCAGACCUGAAAAAGCAAGUGACAAAAUUGGAGGAAGAGUUGGACCAAGAGCAAAAGAAAUACAUGAUGCUGGAGAUCAAAUUGAGGAAUUCGGAGCGAGCACGUGAAGAUGCUGAAAAGAGAAACCAUCUCCUACAGAAGGAAAUGGAAGAUUUUUUUUCAACAUUAGGGAAUUUAACUGUUGGGAGCCAGGGAGCUAAUGUCCCCAAAUAGAGAAAGCUGACAGGCAUGACAGAACAUGAGAGUAAAAAAAAUAAGAUUGAAAGAAAGCAGUCCAUCUGUGCACAUUUUGAUCCAGUUUACUCAUGCAUCAUGAGUAAUUCUGCAGCGAUUUCAUGGUCUCAGUGACUUUUAUGCUGUGGUCUUUGGUUUACAUAUAAUAGCAUACUUGGACUGUCAGGGAAAUUGACUGCUAAAGGCAAUGCUCAAAAAUGCAGAUACCACAUCACAGAGUGUCUGUGGAGGAGAUGGAGCCUCUCUCCCCAAAGGUCAAAGGGACUUUCUGGUUUGCCAUAGAAAUGUCACUGGUUUUGGCUUUAUUGCACCAUCCCUUUGCUGAUCCAGGGACAAUAGAUAUGCACACAACAUCAGAAAGUGAAUGGCUCUUCAGCCAGCCAGAGCUGAGUGAGCACAGUUUUAGUUUGUCACAGUGUAUAGCUCAUGUGGUGAAUUAGGUUGAACUUGAUAGUUAUGUUCUCCGUUCAUCAUGAUAUUUGUUUAAAAAAAAAUAUGCUUGGUUAAAAAUCUUAUCCCUGUACCCAGUAUCAUUUUACAAAGGUGUCUUGCAAAACUGGCCUAAAACCACUUAAAGGCAUUUGAAAAUCUGACACUUUACUAAGGUUGUCAUCUGAUUAGCAAAAGCCUAUGACUCCAAUAUUAUUUGCACCAAAUGUGACUUACUGAAAUUGUAUGUGAUUAAUAAACACUUUGGCUGAGCAAACUGCAUAGAGAUGUAACUAUGCAGGUCUUGCUGCAGGUGUCUUUACAGCCCAUGAUUUCUCUCAUUUUU